AUGAAUUGCUUCAAGAAAUGGAAAGCUUUGGCUGUUCUCUCCUCAGCCAAUGCUGCAAAGGAAACGACGAGUCGUUUGUUAUGCUUCUCUUCUUCCCCCUCAGACCAAUCUUGUGUCAAGUGGCUACCACUUCCUCACCAGCAUCUCCCCUCUCCAACUUCGUCCCAGAACGCCAACCCUAACUAUUCGCAGCAUGACUUCUCUACUCUCUGCAACCUCCUCAGGAACCCGAACAUCAGUCCCGGACCCUCCCUGGAAGCCGCCUUGGACCGGACGGAAAUCCAACCGGAGUUGAAUCUGUUACUGGCGCUAUUCGAUCAUUUUGAUUCCUCCCCUAAAUUGCUAGAAACUCUGUUUCUCUGGGCGGAGAGGAAACCUGGGUUUCAAUCGUCUGCUAUGCUCUUGAGUUCUGUGGUCAAUGUGCUUGGUAAAGCGAAGGAAUUUGAUUCUGCUUGGUGUUUAGUUCUUGAUCGGAUUGGUGGAGAUAAGGGACCUGUAUUGGUCUCGAUUGACACGUUUGCCAUUCUGAUCAGAAGGUACACUCGGGCAGGAAUGCCUCAAUCUGCAAUUCGGACAUUCGAAUAUGCAAGCAGCGUUAACUUGAUUUGUAAUUCUGAUCCUGGAACAAGCUUGUUGGAAAUUUUAUUGGAUUCCCUUUGCAAAGAAGGGCGGGUUAGGGUGGCUAAAGAAUAUUUUGAUAGAAAAAAGCAACUGGACCCUUGUUGGGCUCCAUCUGUUCGAAUAUAUAAUAUACUGUUAAAUGGAUGGCUUCGAUCAAGAAAGCUCAAACAUGCAGAGAGACUUUGGACGGAGAUGAAGAAGGAGAAUGUGACACCGGGUGUUGUAACAUAUGGUACCAUGGUAGAAGGGUACUGCCGAAUGAGUCGUGUUGAAAGGGCAGUUGAUUUGUUGGAUGAAAUGAGAAGGGAAGGAAUUGAACCAAAUGCAAUAGUGUACAACCCAAUUAUUGAUGCAUUUUCAGAAGCAGGUAGGUUUAAGGAGGCAUCAGGAAUGAUGGAGUACUUGUUGCAAUCUGAAUCAGGCCCCACUAUAUCCACUUAUAAUUCUUUGGUAAAGGGCUACUGUAAGGCCAAAGAUCUUGUAGGUGCUAGUGUUGUCCUUAAAAUGAUGAUUAGUAGGGGUUUUAUCCCAACCCCUACAACCUAUAAUUAUUUCUUUAGGCAUUUUUCAAAAUUUGGGAAGAUUGAGGAAGCGAUGAACCUUUAUGCCAAGAUGAUUGAAUCUGGAUACACCCCUGAUCGGCUUACUUACCAUCUUUUGUUGAAGAUGUUGUGUGAGCAGGAGAGAUUGGAGUUGGCUGUGCAGAUUAGCAAGGAAAUGAGAGCUAGGGGAUGUGAUAUGGACUUAGCAACUAGCACUAUGUUAAUUCAUUUACUUUGCAGAAUGCAUAGAUUUGAAGAGGCAUUUCUGGAGUUUGAGGAUAUGUUACGGAGGGGCAUAGUUCCUCAAUAUCUUACUUUCCAUAGAUUGAAUGAUGAGUUAAGAAAACAGGGAAUGGUUGAGAUGGCACAAAAACUAAGCAAUAUGAUAUCUUCUGUCCCUCAUUCAACAAACUUGCCCAAUACAUAUAGUGUAGAAGGAGAUGCGUCAUGGCGUGCAAGGAGAACAUCUAUAUUGCGGAAAGCAGAAGCAAUGUCUGAAAUACUGAAGACUUGUACUAAUCCAAGAGAGCUUGUUAAGCGCAGAAGCAGACCUGAAAAUCUUGUGUCUGUUGCCAAUCGGUUGAUAGAGGAUAUCAGAGAAAGAGCAAACAAGAAAUGAAUUUACAAAUUGCAAAGGAAACUCUUUAAAGGGAAUACUCAGAGGAAAGUUGGAUCAGUUCUGAAGGUUCUGUGAGCUGGGAGGGAUCUGAGACCUGGACAACUUGGGAAUAUGUGACAAACACUAACAAACGGGAAAAUAAAAUGCUUUUUUCCCCUCGAUAUCUGCAGGGGCAGUAUAUUCUGGGGUUGUGGCAAUCAGAGAACACCAGAAGUUUACCCGACAAAUCAAAACCCAGCAUAUUGUCUCAGUUUCUCACUAUAUUUGAUUUGUAAAUUAUUUCAAGCAUGAAGGGAUCAAUGCUCUUUGGUUACAAUUAACACUUUCGCCAGCGAACUACUCGUGUACUGAACUUACUGCUACUUGAUUAUCUUGACAUAGUUGGAACUGUAAUGCAGGAAUUUUCCAUGUAGACUUCUGACUGCCUUUGCAACAAAAUUCUUUUAAGAA